AUGAGUUGGAUAACAAUUAAUAGUUAAAAUGAAGGACCUGGAGGUCGAUGGGGACAUAGUAGCAUUUCAUUAAAUGAUAAAUUAUAUAUAUUUGGAGGUUAUGGUAUAAAUUUAGAAAUAAUUUUAAGAUGGUAAUUAUCUAAAUGAUUUUUAUUCCUAUGAUUUUGAUAAUAAUUUAUGGCAAAAUAUAUAAAAAAUUGGUUAGGUACCAGAACCAAGAUCAAAUCAUAUUAUGUUUAUCAAUAAUGGAAGUAUUUAUAUUUAAGGUGGUGGAGGUAUUUAGAAAAAUCGAUUUGGAGAUCUCUAUUCAUAUAAUAAUUCUACUUGGAUUAAAUAGAAUAUUAAUUUAAUACCUAGAACUUAUCACACAGGUUGUGUUGGUGAUAAUAAAUUAUUUAUAUUUGGAGGAGAAUCAGGCAAAGAUUUAGAUAAAUUAGAAAUAGUUGAUUUGAACAGCUAUACUCAAUGUACUGUUUAAAUUCAAUCUUAAGAAAAGCCAGAACCAAGACGUUUUGCAACUCUUAACUAUUUUAACAAGUAAUUAAUUCUAAUUGGAGGAUGUACAUAAUCUUAUAAUCCUACACCAUCAAUCUACAUUGCAAAAUUUAAAGAAUAAGAAAAUAAUAUCAGCAUCUCAUGGUCUUAACUCAAAGUUUCUUUUUCUAAAUGGGGCCACUCAUGUAUUCUAUUUGAUGAUUUGUUUUAUCUAUUUGGAGGGAGAGAUGAUAAAGAUUCUGAUGAUCUCUACUCUUUUGAUUUAUAAAACACUAAAAUUGAAAUCAUAAAAAAUGAAAAAAAAGUUAAAGCAAGAAGAAAACAUAGUGCAUCUAUUAUUGGAAAUUCUUUAGUUAUAUAUGGAGGUUUUAAUGGUAAAUAUUAAAGUGAUUUAUGUUUCUAUGAAUUACCACUUGUUAAUACAGUGCCCCUUUCUGUUGAAUUGCCUUCUAAACCUUAUGUAGAAAUUCCAUAAUACUAAUUUGAAAACUAUUUUCAAUAAGAUGAUGAUGGAGUCUAUUUUUAUGAUGAUUAAUAUGAUUGUUUAAUCUAAACAGACGAAAGGUGUUUUGGUGUCAAUAAAUCUAUUCUCAUUAAUUCAUCUGGAUAUUUUAGAGAACUUUUCUAUGGUGAUUAUGCUGAAGGUUAAUUACUAUAACUUAAUCUAUCAUAUGUAGACCAUAUUGCUUUUGCUAUUGUUUUGAUUUUCUCUUAUAAAAAUAAUUUAAUACUCCCUAUUUUAAAUAAAGAAGAGCUUUUCAGGUUAUUGGAAUUAUGUGAUUAUUUAGAUAUGAUACAAUUAAAAGAAAAAACUUAAUAUUAUAUAGCUUAAACUGUGGAUAAAAACACAUUAUAAGAAAUAUAUAAUCUCUCUAUUGAACAUGAAAAUAAUUAGUUAUAAAAUUUUUGCGCUUUUAAAGUUUCGAAAUUGAAAAUGCCACUUUAAGAAAUUGACAAUAUUUAAAGUUAAUAAGUAAAUAUCAUGAAAAAAAUAAGAAAAUUAUCAAUCGUAAAUGAAUAAUGA